CUCGUCCUCGUCCUCAUCCGAAUGUUGAAGUCUGUAGAGUAUCUACUACUCACUGAAGUGCUUGGGUGGUAUCGUUCUUGUCACUCGCUCUCUCUCUCUACAUCGGCAGUAUAAAUCGAAGAAAGCAAAAGGAAGCAAAAGGAAGGCUGCGCCUCCUCCACAGACUCGUCUACACACACACACACGCUCAUACGCUCAUUCACGCUCACAAACACACAUACACGCUCACUCACACUCAAUCGCACCUUCACGUCUCAUUCACAUCACAUCACAUCACAUCACAUCACAACCUGCACAAAGGAACGAACGAGUGACGAACCGCACAGCAUCCCGCUCCGCUCAUCGACGCAAGCCCACAUCCACCCACAUCACCCCGAUACCCACCCACCCCCGCCCCACCUCGCCCCAACCAGACCAACCAAACAUAAUGCACAUCCCCACCAUCCACCGACCACGCGCACUAUCCCGAGGCCGGCGCAUCUCCCUAACUCUAACAACGAUCUUCCACCGCUCUUCCUCCUCAACUUCCACCAGCAGCAGUGUAGCCUCACCAGAUUCGGCCACAUCUACCAACACCACCCUCUCCCUCUCUUCCCCCGACUCCUCCACCGACAGCCGUAACCGCGGCAGACGAAGAAGCGGCGGCAACGGCGGCGACAGGAGCAGAAGACAGAGCUUGUACUCGAUCUUCCCGCCGCCGGAGCUGGCGUUUGCGCAGCCGAGUGUGCAUCCGUGGGGCGUGGAGGGGGAGGGGAUGUAUAGUGCCGAGGAGCUGUGUCGUGCUGAGGACGGGGAUAGUGCUGAGGACGGGGAGAAUAGGGAUGGGGAUGCAGAGGCGUGGGAGAGCGUGUGGGGACUUGUUGGUGAACCGCGGCCGGCACGGGGACUGGGGUUGGGGGGUUCCAGGAAGGGUAGGGGCACGGUCGAGGUGAUCGGGGUUAUGGAGGUGCUUGUUGGCUGGUGAGCUGGAAAAGCGGAUGGGGGGUGGUAAUGUACAUGGAUGUGGAUGGGAUAUCACUCGGCUGAUUCACUCGGCUGAUGGGAGUAGACGGCAACUGCUAUAGACGGCUUUGAUAGCUGUAAAUA